ACAACUGUAAGUACCUACACCCUCCUGCCCACCUGAAGACCCAGCUGGAGAUCAACGGCAGGAACAACCUGAUCCAACAGAAGAACAUGGCCAUGCUGGCACAGCAGAUGCAGCUGGCCAACUCCAUGAUGCCCGGCACACAGCUACAUCCUACAUGUAUGCCGGUCCCCAUGUUCUCUGUGACGCCCAGCCUUGCCUCCAAUGCCAGUCCUGCUGCGGUGGCCGCUGCGUUUAACCCCUACAUGGGCCCGGUGUCGCCCGGCCUGAUGCCUUCUGAGAUCAUGUCCAGCUCCCCGGUCCUGGUGACCAGUAACCCCAACGUCUCCAUGUCUGCUGCUGCCGCUGCUGCUGCCGCACAGAAACUCAUGAGGACAGACAGACUGGAGGUGUGUCGGGAGUACCAGAGAGGUAACUGUACACGGGGGGAGAAUGACUGUCGCUUCGCCCACCCCUCAGACAGCACCAUGAUAGACACCAACGACAACACAGUGACCGUGUGUAUGGACUACAUCAAGGGCCGCUGCUCCAGGGAGAAGUGUAAAUACGUCCACCCUCCAGCCCACCUGCAGGCCAAGAUAAAGGCUGGCCAACACCAGGUCAACCAGGCUGCCGCCGCAGCAGCCAUGGGGCUCCCACCUGUUUUACCUCCAUUACCAAAGAGACCCACACUUGAAAAAUCCACCGGUGCCACCACCAUGUUCAACGUCGCUGGGUUCCAGUACCAACAGGCCCUAGCCAACACGCCGUUUCAGCAGCAGUUCAUCCCGUCAGGCUCAAUAUUGUGCAUGACACCUGCAACAACUGUUGAGUGGGACUGGACUGGACUGGGACGGACUGUGGGUUGCAGACAGGUACCCAUGAUGCACGGUGCCACGCCCGCCACUGUGUCUGCAGUCACCUCCUCUGCCACAAGCGCUCCCUUUGCAACCGCAACAGCCAAUCAGAUUCCGUUAAUAUCUACAGAUCAUCUUACUAGGCACAAGUAUGUGACUCAGAUCUAGACAUCUCAAGCGAGACGAUGAAACAGCAGUGUGCCGGUGUCCCACAGUUCCCCACCCUUCAUGCCUGUAAACGUAGAAAUCUGAUAUGAUAUUGAUAGAGAUUGUAACAUCCGACCACCUGUAAACUGUAGUGGUACUGACAUGCCGCGCUGCUCUAGGAGCGUUUCAGCUGAUCAUAAAGGUGGUGAACAUAUGCAUUUCACACACACGCACACAACACUGGUGGGCCUCGUACAGAGAAGAACUACUGCCAUCUACAUGAACGUUAUCAGCCAUGCCUUUACGUCUGUGGAGGCAUCAUCCAUUAAAACACAGGACACACUUUGAAUGUCACCAUGAGGAGAAAGUCACUCACACUAGUUUGUCAGAAGACCAAGAUUCUCUUAUAUGUUGUUUUCAGUUGGGUUUCUUUAAUUGAUAACAUUUUUUCACGGUUUGCACAAAGAAAAGGUACAUCUUGUGUUUUAAAUGAGAGGGGGGGUGGACAGGAAAAGUACCUCAUAGACAUAUUAGACUGAAUUAAUUAUGACUUGUAUGAAUUAUGACUAGUAUGUAGAUGACUUGGUCCUUACAAGGUAAACUUGGUUGAAAUGGGUUAGUGGGCUUGGUGCCAAAAUGACAGCUGAAUGUUUUGUGUUUAUUAAGCCUUUUGUGUUUUUAAUCACAUUCCCGAUUUUUCAAGAUCUGCUGCAAACUCUACGUAAAGUACCAUAGACUCUAUGUACUAGUUGGUUAUGUUAGGACCCGGUCCUCUCUGGGUAUAGUCCAUAGACUCUAGUUGGUUCUCUUAGGACCCGGUCCUCUCUGGGUGUAGUCUAUAGACUCUAGUUGGUUCUGUUAGGACCCGGUCCUCUCUGGGUGUAGUCUAUAGACUCUAGUUGGUUAUGUUAGGACCCAGUCCUCUCUGGGUAUAGUCUAUCUCACUAGUGAUGGAAAAAGGGUAACUACUCUAGAAAAGGAAUGAUAGAAUGAAGAACUGUUGAAAGUUGCAUGAUAAACCAAAUCACUGAGAGGAGUGAGAAGUUUCAAAGAGUUGCAGUGGCCAGUGGUGGAAAAAGGACCCAAUUGUCAUACUUGAGUAAAAGUAUAGAUAGAAAGUUACUGAAGUAAAAAUGAAAGUCACCCAGUAAAAUACAACUUGAGUAAAAGUCUAAAAGUAUUUUGUUUUAAAUAUACUUAAGUAUAAAAAGUAAAUGUUAUUGCUAAAAUAUACUUACGUAUCAAAAGUCAAAUAUUUUUUUAUUUUUCUGUCAUAAAUAUUAAAAAAAUGUCAUUAUUUAGAAAAGCAGACGACACCAUUUUUUUUGUUUUCAUAAUUAAUGGAUAACGAGGGGCACGAUCCAACACUCAGACAUCAUUACAGAUAGCCAGGGGCACACUCCAACACUCAGACAUCAUUACAGAUAGCCAGGGGCACACUCCAACACUCAGACAUUAUUACAGAUAGCCAGGGGCACACUCCAACACUCAGACAUCAUUACAGAUAGCCAGGGGCACACUCCAACACUCAGACAUCAUUACAGAUAGCCAGGGGCACACUCCAACACUCAGACAUCAUUACAGAUAGCCAGGGACACACUCCAACACUCAGACAUCAUUACUGAUAGCCAGGGACACACUCCAACACUCAGACAUCAUUACAGAUGGCCAGGGGCACACUCCAACACUCAGACAUCAUUACAGAUAGCCAGGGGCACACUCCAACACUCAGACAUUACUACAGAUAGCCAGGGACACACUCCAACACUCAGACAUCAUUACAGAUAGCCAGGGACACACUCCAACACGCAGACAUCAUUACAGAUAGCCAGGGACACACUCCAAUACUCAGACAUCAUUACAGAUAGCCAGGGGCACACUCCAACACUCAGACAUCAUUACAGAUAGCCAGGGGCACACUCCAACACUCAGACAUCAUUACAGAUAGCCAGGGGCACACUCCAACACUCAGACAUCAUUACAGAUAGCCAGGGGCACACUCCAAUACUCAGACAUCAUUACAGAUAGCCAGGGGCACACUCCAACACUCAGACAUCAUUACAGAUAGCCAGGGGCACACUCCAACACUCAGACAUCAUUACAGAUAGCCAGGGGAACACUCCAACACUCAGACAUCAUUACAGAUAGCCAGGGGCACACUCCAACACUCAGACAUCAUUACAGAUAGCCAGGGGCACACUCCAACACUCAGACAUCAUUACAGAUAGCAAGGGGCACACUCCAACACUCAGACAUCAUUACAGAUAGCCAGGGGCACACUCCAACACUCAGACAUCAUUACUGAUAGCAAGGGACACACUCCAACACUCAGACAUCAUUACUGAUAGCUAGGGACACACUCCAACACUCAGACAUCAUUACUGAUAGCAAGGGACACACUCCAACUCUCAGACAUUAUUUACAAAAUAUGCAUUUGUGUUGAGUCGUCCGCCAGUCCGGACGCAGUAGGGAUGACCACGUGUUCUCUUGAUAAGUGCGUGAAUUUGACAAUUGUCCUGUCCUGCUAAAAAUUCAAAAUGGAACGAGUACUUUUGGGUGUCAGGGAAAAUGUAAGGAGUAAAAAGUACAAUAUUUUCUUUUGGAAUGUAGUGGAGUAAAAGUACAAGUUGUCAAAAAUAUAAAUUGUAAAGUACAGAUACCCCCAAAAAAUGUAGUAAUUUCAAGUGUUUUUACUUCAGUACUUUACACCACUGAGGGUGGCUAAUGGUUGAGUUGCUAUGUCAGUUUUAAUGUGGUGUUGUUUGUAUUUUAUUACAAUUCAUUCAACAACAUAAAAGAAAAUCAUAUUAAGUGCAUUGCAUAUGGUCUAUGACAUAAGAGAACUUGUGAAAAACACAUUACGUGUAAAUAAAUGUGAGAUAGUAGGUAUAAUUUUGGAUAGUUACAGCCAAAGGUUUUUAUUUUCUCUCUCUCUCUUCCUGUGUUGCUUUUCAAUGACAUCUGUGGUAGGGCAAGACGAGCCCAAAUCACACAUACACUUCUGGAUGGAUGGACGCGUGGGGGAGUGUAGAGCUGUUUAUGGAAGUAAUGGGGGAGGGUAGAGUUGUGUAUGGAAGUAAUGGGGGAGUGUAGAGUUUUGUAUGGAAGCAAUGGGGGAGUGUAGAGCUGUUUAGGGAAGUAAUGGGGGAGUGUAGAGCUGUUUAUGGAAGUAAUGGGGGAGUGUAGCAAUGGGGGAGCUGUUUUCUAAAAACUGCUUCUGCAUGCCUUGUGGGUGUUGUUUGGAGCAUGUUGAUUGAUGGCAUGGUAUAAAAGAGUUGGCAAAAGUUUGACCCUGAUUGUAUUACUCAUCCAAAGCCUUAGAAAACACCACGAGCUCGGCAACAAUGCACCGUGCCAUUUCAAAUCGUCCUCUUGCCUAACCCUGGCCGUUUUGCCACCACACAGCGUGUAUAUGAUUGUCUUUCCUUCGCUGAAAACAUGGUGUUUGUUGUUGAGUUAUUAAGUCGGUGAAGAAGAUGAAUGUGUUAUUUCAUUUUGUUUAGUGCACGGAUGACAUUUUUUAUAUUUUUGUUAAAGGUGUUUUGUCUUACUAGAUUUCCACCUGUAACAUUUGUAGGAUGCUGAAUAUUAGGUGAUAUGUGUGUGUUUUUUGUGUUCUUCGUACCGUAUUUAGUUUUCUGAAAUUUCAUGUAACAUUGAUUUGAAUAUUUACUGUUAGUGUUAUGAUUGUAAACUACAUUAUUUUAUUUUUUCUGUGAUCUGUAAGAAUUGUGUUAAAUAUCUUGUCUGUUUGA